CAUCAAAUUGGCCAAUCGGAGUGCGGUACGGGAACUUCCGCCUGGGAGACUGAGCAUGUCCAUUGUACGAGGUGUUCUGAAAGAGUACCGCGAUUGUUGAGGGUCCAAGCCGUGAAAUACGUGAUUUUUACAAAGUAGUGUGAACACCUGAAGCCGGUUUCUGCGUUUCUAGCACGGGGACGUAACCGUUAUUGUUAUAUGACGAAGUAACCAGGAGGUAUCGGUUUGUUCGGGGGACAAACAGCGACGGUGCACCAAAGGAAUUCGUUCAUUAGCGGUGUUGCUAACACUGGACGAAGCGUAGGUUAGCAGCAUCUGUUUGUCUGUUGUGAACUGGAUAUCAGACGGAGAAUGAACUCAGUUGGUGGCCUAUGAGUUUGGAAGAAGGUCGCAGAAGUGAGGAGACAACAUCACGACCUAGCUAGUCGCUUAGCCUAGCUAGCUUGCCAGCCGUUGUCUUUCACAGCGCAGCGCCUGAACAACAGACUUUAAAAGCCAACCUAACAUCGCUUUGUUGGUGUUUUUGUUUUUUGCUACUGCGCAAGAAGACUCAGGCUUCGCCGGGAUGAAUGGGUUCAGCACCGAGGAGGACAGCCACGACGGACCGCCUGCCCCUCCGUUCUACGGGCAGAGCUGCUGUCUGAUCGAGGACGGGGAGCGAUGCGGCCGCUCGGCUGGUAACGCCUCCUUCAGCAAGAGGAUCCAGAAGAGCAUAUCGCAGAAGAAGCUCAAACUGGACAUCGACAAGAGUGUGCGACACCUCUACAUCUGUGACUUCCACAAGAACUUCAUCCAGAGCGUCCGCAACAAGAGAAAGAGGAAGACCAGUGAUGACGGAGGAGAGUCCCCGGAUCAUGAUGUGGAGGUGCCCGAGGUCGACCUUUUCCAGCUGCAAGUGAACACAUUGAGACGCUACAAGCGACACUACAAGCUGCAGACCAGACCAGGACUCAACAAGGCCCAGCUUGCAGAGACUGUGAGUCGUCACUUCAGGAACAUCCCAGUGAACGAGAAGGAGACGCUGACUUACUUUAUCUACAUGGUGAAGAGCAGCAAGAGCCGCUUGGACCAGAAGGGCGACGGCGGCAGCAAACCGCUGGACUAACCCACCAAACAACAACAGCAACAACAACCACAACCACAGCAGCAGUAGCUCCAAAACAAACCAACAGAGUCAACAAAAACAGAGACAAAAACAACAACAGCAGCUCACCAAACCUGGACUCCACUCAAUGCAACCAAAACCAGCUCCUCCUGCGUCCCCAUCACUGUCCUGUGACUCACGAUGUCCUCAGAGGACGCUUCCCCCGGCUGGAGGAAGUUCAGGGUUGAAACUCUGAUACGCCUCCACAGAAACAACGCAGGUCCCUAUAGACUGCAGAGGACCAGGACUCUCUCUGCGGGGUUCUGCAUCCUCAUGCUGUAAUGUUACUGUCGAUAUGUACAAUAAGAAAGUGUCUGAUCUGAGGUUGAAUGCAAUGUUCAAUAUGGCUGCCUUAAGAGUGAAGAAGACGAGUGGAGGUGUUCUGCCGAUAUGACUGUUAACACUUUGAGCCCGAGGGAUGCUUGUGCCAAACGGAAAGCGUUUUGGAGCCGAAUGAUCCGGACUGUUUUUGUUAUUUUUAUAGUGAGUGAAUGAGUUCUUGGAAGGGGGGGGGGGGGGGGGGGUUGCCUUUGCUGAAGUUUAGCACAUCAGGAGUCAAAACCUUUAUUCUCAAUGAUUCAAACACAAAUGCAAUCCAGUCCCAGUCGCCCAAUCCUACCUGGGCGUGAUGCGUUCAAAGACUGAUGCUGGUGAAUGAUGUAGCUUUUGGACAUGACCCACUGUUUUCUGUGCGUGUGAACACACAUUUUUUUAUUUUUCUUGUAGCUCAUUUUCUUUUCAUCUCCAUCCCUUCUUUCUUUAGUGCAGCCUUAGGUUGUACAAAGUCCCGUCUCUGUUGUUUUCCUGGCUGAAGAGGAGCGUGUGUGUGUGUGUGUGUGUGUGUGUGUGUGUGUGUGUGUGUGUGUGUGUGUGUGUGUGUGUGUGUGUGUGUGUGUGUGUGUGUGUGUGUGUGUGUGUGUGUGUGUGUGUGUGUGUGUGUGUGUGUGUGUGUGUGUGGUGGGGGGGGGGGGGGGUUAAGAGUAAUAGCUGGUGUCAUUUUUAUAUUUAAGAGCAGCAUCCAUAUCUUAACUUUUAAUUUGAUGUUGCCAUACCUGGAUGUAUUUAAAGAUGCUGCGUUCACACACGGCCCUGUCGACUGUGCUGUCGUUUCUUUUGAAUGUGUGAUCAGUUAGGAAGUUGCCCUCGAUGCCUUGUUCUCAUCAUGGCUCAUAAAAUUCAUUUUAUUGGAAGUUUUCUAAAGAGGUCUUAGAAAUAGAUUCAGAUGUUUAAGCCUGAUUUCACGCUGGUCUGAGUUUCUUUGAAGAAAGUUGCAACAAGAAUCUAAUUUGGUGCCAAAAGAGGCAAUGUGUCGACCUUCUUCUCUCCUUUUUCAAACUGAAUGCAAUGUCCCUUCUUUUAUUUAUUAUUCUAUUUGUAAGAAAUGAGUCAAUUUCUCCGAGUCCAAACCUCCACAGUUCUCAGUUUGUGAAGCAGACAAACAGGGCUUACUGUUCUUUAUCAUUUGUUGGAUUGUCCCUUUUUUUUCAAAGUCAUAAGCCCCGAUGAGAAACAGCCAAUGAUGAUAUGAAUCAUGCAAUAUGAAGACUCAGAUCAACAACGCGCUCCUGAAACCUGCUGGAGACUUAUAAUGGCUUUGCAUCACUUUGAAUUCCUCCUCGUGUUCUCUUUUAAAUGACAUCACGGUUUCACACUCUGCGGGGGCUAUGUGUCGUUGUUAGCUCUGCCUCCUCCUCCUCCUCCUCUUCCUCAGUCACACAGUAUUUCAGUUUGUCGACUUUUAACAGGGUUAUUGUUUUCUUUUGUAGUCGGUUAUAUUUCAGUUGUGCUUGUAGGUUUUGUUAGCAUCAUGUAGAUAACACCCAAUUUUAUUAACAGAUAGGCCACGCCACAUUAACCUUACUGUUGUAUUAGAAUAACAAAACAUAUUUAAAGAUGGCUGCUUAUUGCUCAUAAUGAAAAUUAUAAUAAUAAAUGUAUUGUACAGAAGGAAGAAA